UCAGAAGCCAGAGAAAAUGUCCUGAUUUAAGCGUUUUGCAAAUUUUUCUUGGAAAUGUGUGAGUCAGGGUUUGGGCAGGAUCCAGACUAGUUAUAUAAUAACCUGAUCCUUCCUAAAAUAUCCUGCUGUUCAGUGACCUGAUUUCAAACUGAUGUAACUGGCCGGUUAAAAAACCUGUUGCACCGUGAUAUAUAAUAACCCAACCCCAGGGAAAUGUUACAUGAAGCUGCAGCCCUGUUACAUAGAGCUUAGGAACCAAGCUGGAUCUGAAGAACAAUAAAGUUAAAUUCCAAAAAAAAAAUAUUUUACACCUUCGGCUUGUGACCCCAAUACUCCUGAGAAGCCCCGAGGAUUUCUAUAGGGUACCAAUGGGCCACAUAAUCAGGAUUUACAAGGACUCAGAUUAUGAGUCAGUCAUGGACCAUUAUGUCUCUGGUGUCAUUGAAAAUGCUCCAGUUGCCUUCAAGCAAGUAUUGAGGUUCCCAAGCACCCAGAUUCUCAUGACAGUUGGGUUUCUGCUUAUUCUUGCUGCCACCGGCUCCAUUCUCCUUUCAGUCUGUGUUGUGCUCUGUGCCCUGGGCUUCCUCUGGUCGUGUUGUUGGAAUUUCUUUCAUUCCUACGUGAACAACACCCUGGUCACUGAUAUGAAAGACAUCAAGAAACACUACAUAGAAAGGGACGGGUGCUGCUUCUGGGUGGCUGAGUCUGGAGAAGAAGUUGUUGGAAUGGUGGCAGCUCUCCCGUUCCCUCACCCUGGAGGACGGAAUUAUGUGGAACUCAAGAGAAUGUCAGUGGCCAAAAGCCACCGAGGCAUGGGGAUUGGAAAGGAUCUAUGUAGGGCAUGUAUUGAUUUUGCCCGUAAGAGAGGGUGUGAAGGUGUUGUCCUUAUAACCUCAACAAGUCAGGUCGGUGGGUGGAAUCUGUAUGAGAAGAUGGGGUUCAUCCGGACGCACUCAAGUUCUCCUCCUAAUUGGUCGUCAAAACUGGCUGGAAUCAAACUAUUACACUACCAGUACAAUAUCCAAAGGAGAUGCCAAUGACUGGCCAAUGGGGGCGGCAGGAACUUCUGGUCCUUGAGACGAAUUCAGCUGCUGAACUUUGUUUAUUCAGACAAGUUAUCCAAUAACCCUGUAUGUUGUGGUUUUGCAAAGAACGGGUAAUUGUAAAUUGUUUCAUCUCAUUUCAAUCGUUCAAUGUCGUCCGGCCAUCAUUACCAAAUGUUAUUAAUUGUUACAUUUUUACAUGAUCCAUAACUAUAAAUAUGUGACUCCAUGGCUUGCAGUAACUGCUUUGCAAGGACACCAUAGAUCUUCUCUAAAGGCUGCUCCAUCAUCCAUUGACUCACAUGUUGCGUGUGAAUCUUAAAGGACAACUAAACCCUAAUAAUGAAUGUGGCUAAAAAUGGCAUAUUUGAUAUAGUGAACUUAUUG